CUGUACCAUCCGACGGAGCGACCUCACGUAAGGUCCGAACAAAUACCGACGUUGCGCUCGAAGUGCCAUCCCAGCCUGACAAGCUCGCUGCAUUGAGCCCGUGUUUGCGAAAUGCUGUUGUUGGAGGAUGAGCUAAGCAAAAAGUGCUCCGCUCAUGUCUUCAUAUAACCCAGAUCCAGGCGCAUCACCAAGUAACCUCACCUAUCUUGCGCUUCUGUCGCAGCGAGACGCGUCGUCGCAGGUGCCCGUCAAUUAUGUGAACCAUGCUGGAGUCGUCUUGUCGGCGGCGUGUUUCGGAAAUGGCCAAUACCUGCGCGACGAGACCGUCAGUUGCCUUUCAAACCUCCUCGUGAUGAACUUCCGCAGGUUUGUCGUCGAUAUCUUCUGGGACGUUACGCGGGGUGAAUGGAGUCUUUGUCCUAUUCAGCUGGGCACCCCGUCAGGGCGCACCAGUGGAACUGCUACAACGACAACAAAAUUGCCAGAAACGACAUUGAGCUUGUCGAGCCGGCCCAUUGGAGGGAGAUCUACAGACGUCGAUGCGUUGCAAACAUCUUUUGUGCUGGAAACCAUCAAUGAGAAGUGGCAAGCCACGACGACUGCGCAGUCGCCAUCACAGCCAUCUACGACUGCGGCGGCGACAGCCACAAGCAGCGCUCCGUCGUCAGCUGAUCGAUACGAUUGUUCACCUUCGACCAAUCUGGAUCUUUUGUUGGGUGUCCUUUUCGAACACUUUGCUGAGACCAACACUGAUGUGAAUGCAACAAUGGUCACCAUGACCCUGAAUAUACACGCCGCCAGAGCCGCCUCAGGGCCAGUCGAAGGCCAACCACAGCUCGGUCCAGCGGAUCUGCCGCAGGGUAGCCUGCGCCUUGGACCGAUAUUCACAGAGAAUCUCGGCAGCCUGCUCUAUACUCCCAGCCAGUUAGCAAUCCAACGAUCUAUCCUGAACAAUCCUGGCGGCUGGUUAGAAGUAGGGGAAUCGUACCAGCCAAGCACUUCCUAUUUCACUUUGACCGGUGAUCCGAUCAAGUCGAGCCCGGAUGGGUGGCCGGGCGAAGGCUACAUCGAACUGGCCAACUACAAACGGCUGAUUGUCGGCAUCGAUUCAAUCGAUGCUCAGAUGGCGGCGUACAACUUCUCAGCCGAUGCUGCCACGAUAUUUCCCAGAGGCUACCUAGAGGCGGCACGGGGCGUCAACCUGACAGCAAAUGGCGCCGUCAGUAGCGGCUGCUUCUUCGAUGCGGCGGAGACUUCGCUCUCAAGCAUAAAUUCAUCCUGGGCUGUCGCAAGUGUUGCUCAGGACCAGUCCGCAACUCAGAGCGAUCUCCAGCUGCUUUACAACAAGGCAAGCAACAUGAUGAAAUGCGGGAUUUCCCCAAUCCUUAAUACAACACUCGCCGGGCGCACAGCCGAUCAGGAUUAUCUACCUUACCAAUCCUAUGCUCAAAGCUCCAUAUGGUCAUGGGCGGCCGGCGAGCCUGGCAACGCCUCGGCCAUGGCAUCCACCAGCAGCAACCGCUGUGCCACUCUCAACUCAUCAUCGGGACAUUGGCAGGUCUCCGACUGUGGUAGCUACCGUUCUGGGGCCUGUCAAUCAAAUACACAGCCAUACGUAUGGUACAUCAGUUCUCCUGCAACACAGUAUUACAAGGUCGACGACGCAUGUCCCGAGGGUUCAAGUUUUGAAGUGCCCUCGACAGCGCUCGAAAAUGCUUAUCUUCUGCAACAGUUUCGUAUGGCGUUGGGUCCCACUCCGGAUCCAGCGGGAUCUCUUCUUUGGAUAGACUACAACGACCUCGAUGUUCCUACAUGUUGGGUCACUGGACGAAACACUACCUGUCCCUAUGGAGGUGAUAGCACUAACGACAGGACUAAAGAGCUUGUUGUCCCGACGGUCGCCGGUGCCAUCAUUCUUCUGGUGACGGUGUUGACUCUGCUCGUCAAAUGCGCAGGCAAUCGUCAAAAUUCGAAGCGUCGGAGGCGGAGAGGCAACGAUGGUUGGGAUUACGAAGGAGUUCCUGCAUGAUCCGCUGAGAAAUCCCUCUGAGCACUCUAUUGCUGCCCAGACCGGAGAACAUGUGCGAUUUGAAACCAAAAUUAUUACCUUGUUGUUUUAGUGUGCUGUGAUACCAAAGUUGGGGUGAUGAUCGCACACCGAUCGGCAGAUCCAUGCCGCGAAAACCGAACCGAUCGCAUCGCCUGACCUUAAUUCAACGUCUCCACGCUUCUGCACCACCUGGGUAAGUUGAUAAAAGGCGACUGUAGUGAUACGCCGAGCAAUGUGUGGAUUACAGG